UUGUUUUUGCAGCUGUUCCUAUAACUUUGAAUUUAUUUCAAAAUAAAAUUUAAAAAAAAUUUUAGGAUCAGCUUAAUUUCCAAAAACAACUGCUUGGAAUUUUGAUUUUGAUAGUAUUAAAUCUAUGAUUUAAUUUGAAGAGGAUUGACCCUAUAAUACUGAAUCUUUUAAUCUGUGAAUGGUAUUUCAAUUUAUUUAGACCAUCAGUUUCUCCCAAUAUUUUAAAAUUUUCUGUGUAGAGUUCUUGUAAAUCUGUUUGAUUUAUUACUAGGUUUUUAAAUAAUUUUUUGUCACUAUUGUAUAUGUAAAUUUUUAAAAUUUCAAUUCAUGAUUGUUUAUUGUUGGUACAUAGAAAUAAAAAUGAUCUUAAUAUAUUUUAAAAAAUCAGUUGACUAUAGAUGUAUACGCUUAUCUUUGGACUCUCAAUUCCAUUUCCUUGAUCUCAGUGUCUUUCCUUAUACUAGUACCACAUUGUCUUGAUUACUGUAGUGGGAGUUUUUUAUAAGCAGGAUGAGGCUCCAGUUUUACCACUGGAGAAGAUGCAAAAGAGUGUGUACUUUGGCCCCAAGUAGUAGUAUUUUUCCUGCUCCUGCUAACAUUUUACCUUUAAAAAACAGAAGUGGCCCAAUGAAUAUCAUUACUUCAACCAAAUCAUAGCAGCAAGGCUGUCAUGUUGCUGUUUUUCCUAGAUGGGAGUGUUUGCCAUCGUGGAGAUGGGGGACGUGGGUGCCCGGGAGGCUGUCUUGUCACAGCCUCAGCACAGCCUGGGCGGACAUCGCCUGCGGGUCCGGCCACGGGAGCAGAAAGAGUUCCAGAGCCCGGCUUCCAGAUCCCCCAAAGGAGCAGCCCCUGACAGUCACCAUCUGGCCAAAGCACUAGCCGAGGCUCCAGAUGUGGGGGCACAAAUGGUAAAGCUUGUGGGGCUGAGGGAGUUGUCGGAGGCUGAGCGGGAGCUUCGAAGCCUCGUGGUGGCCCUCAUGCAGGAGGUCUUCACAGAGUUCUUCCCUGGCUGUGUGGUCCAUCCUUUUGGCUCUUCCAUAAAUAGCUUUGAUGUCCAUGGCUGUGAUCUUGACCUCUUCCUGGAUCUGGGUGACCUGGAAGAGCCCCAGCCAGGCCCAAAGGCUCCAGAGUCUCCCUCCUUGGAUUCAGCCCUUGCUUCCCCACUGGAUCCUCAAGCCCUGGCCUGCAUCCCAGCCUCACCUCCAGACUCGCAGCCUCCAGCUUCUCCCCAAAGCUCUGAAGCUCUGGACUUUGAAACCCCUUCCUCCUCUGUGGCGCCCCAGACUCCGGACUCAGCUUUGGCCUCUGAGACUCUGGCCUCUCCCCAGUCCCUGCCUCCAGCCUCUCCACUGCAAGAGGACAGGGGAGAAGACUUGGGGAAGGCCCUGGAACUAGAAGAGGCCUUGAAGGGGGAGAAAACAGGAGGAGUAGCAAUGCUGGAACUGGUGGGAUCCAUUCUUCGGGGUUGUGUCCCUGGGGUGUACCGAGUCCAAACUGUGCCCUCUGCCCGACGCCCUGUGGUCAAGUUCUGCCAUCGACCUUCGGGGCUCCAUGGGGACGUCUCUCUCAGUAACCGGCUGGCCUUACAUAACUCCCGCUUCCUGAGUCUCUGCUCCGAGCUGGAUGGACGAGUCCGGCCUCUCGUGUACACUCUUCGCUGCUGGGCUCAGGGUCGAGGGCUGUCAGGGAGUGGCCCCCUUCUCAAUAACUACGCCUUGACUUUGCUCGUGAUCUAUUUCCUUCAGACCAGGGACCCUCCUGUAUUGCCCACUGUGUCGCAGCUCACCCAGAAAGCAGGUGAGGGGGAACAGGUGGAGGUCGAUGGCUGGGACUGUAGUUUCCCCAGGAAUGCCUCAAGACUGGAGCCCAGCACCAACGUGGAGCCCCUCAGUUCUCUGCUAGCCCAGUUCUUCUCCUGUGUCUCUUGUUGGGAUCUUCGUGGCUCACUGCUGUCCCUGCGAGAGGGCCGGGCGCUGCCUGUGGUGGGGGGCCUGCCCUCUAAUCUCUGGGGAGGCCUUCGUCUAGGUCCCAUGAAUCUCCAGGACCCCUUUGACCUGAGUCACAACGUGGCAGCGAAUGUGCCCAGCCGGGUGGCUGGGAGGCUUCAGAACUGCUGCCGAGUAGCAGCCAGUUACUGCCGAAGCCUCCAGUACCAGCACCGUUCCUCCCGGGGUCGGGACUGGGGGCUGCUCCCUCUUCUGCAGCCCAGCUCCCCUAGUGCCCUGCUGUCUGCUACACCCAUCCCCUUACCCUCUGCUCCCUUCACCCAGCUCACGGCUGCCCUGGUCCAAGUGUUAAGGGAAGCAUUGGGAUGCCACUUAGAGCAGGGAGCCAAGAGACCGCGAUCCGAGGGAGGUGGAACUGGGGAGUCUCCCCAAGGAGGGACAAGCAAACGAUUGAAGCUUGAUGGACAGAAACAGAACUGUGAGGAGGGGAAGGAGGAGAAGCAGCAGGGAUGUUCAGGGGGCCAUGGUGAAGAUGGGGUAGAAGAAAUGGUUAUUGAGGUUGGAGAGACGGUGCAGGAUUGGGCCAUGCUAAGCCCCGAGCAGCCAGGGGAGCUGCUCUUGGCAACUGGAGGGCAUCUAGCCACCGGAGAAGGGGAGCAGCUGGGCCAUGCUGUGCAGGCAAAGCAGGGGCCCAAGGGACCUGAGGCAGCAUGGGAAGGGUCUCAAGGUGAGACAGGGAAGAAGGCAUCGCUCUCCUCCGCAGUGAGUUGGCGCUGUGCCUUGUGGCACCGAGUGUGGCAGGGGCGGCGGCGUGCCCGGAGAUGCUUGCAGCAGCAAGCCAAGAAAGGAGGUGGACGUGGUGCUGGCACAGGAGCAGAGUGGCUGGUGACCGAGGCUCGGGUUACUCAGGAACUCUGUGGUGAAGAGAGGCCAGAGGCGGAGCCCCUUCUGACCUUUGUUGCCUCUGCCUCCCAGGCUGACCAGGCACUCACUGUGACCCCUCUCCAAGAUUCCCAAGGGCUGUUCCCUGAUCUCCAUCAUUUCUUACAGGUUUUCCUCCCUCAGGCACUUAGAAUUCUCCUCAAAUGAAGACAGGGGCCCCAAAGGACAAUAAAGCUGCUAGUUUGA